AUGUGCAUGGCGGAAACCAAUAGCAAAUUUGAAAAACGUUACGUUGGAUCUCCAUGGCCGAAGUUUGAAGGGGUUCAAGACCAAAAGAAUGGAUAUGCGGCCUUUCACACUAUUGGCCUGGUAACAGACAAUGACGAAGCUGCAGUACAAAGCUGGGCUGGUACUAGUGGCAAGUGGUGGAACCCUGAGAAAUCUAUGCGAGUAGGUUCAAAUGAUGAGAUCGUGGCGAUUUUUGGAGGCUUUCAGCUUUUGCAAUAUGUGACAGAUUUGCUUAUGACCGAUUCUUAG